CUUUCAAAUUUAAACACUUUUCGCCUCACUGUGCCCCCUCUCGGGGGAGCAGGAGGCUUGGCUUGGCACUAAAACGACGGUAAAUACAGCGAGUUAAGGACUCACUGUAUUCAGGACUCAGUCAGUCAGUCAGUUGGGCACCGUUUUGGUUGGGUCCACAAAUGAAAUUUAAUCACGCGCGUGGCAGGCUCGCGUUCGCCAUUCACAGCGUCGAUGUUUGCUUUAUUUUCGGCUUUGUAGCCGGUGCCCUCGACCGAUUUGGAUAAUGCUAUCGCCUCGCCCCCUUGAUCCUCGCUGCCCCAUAUCCGGAAUCCUGCUGAAUCCCGGUUCCCCUCGGUGCCUUGGCUGCUUAAUUAUGUCACAAAUAUUUACACCGGUGGCGCGGAGUGUCAUGGCACGCAAGGAAUCUAGCCCGAGCAAACAGAAAUCAAACGAAGCCAGUCGAGGCAAUCAAGGACAAAUAAGGACGGCGGCCGGCAUGAAAGUGGAUUCCGUGAUAAUGGCUGGCAUUAAUUUGCGGCGCACAGACAGACAGCCUGUCGAGGGAGGCAAAGGAUACAAUAGAGACGGCAUCGACAGGCCAGACCCAGGAUUGGCAACCCAAAAAAGUGAAGGGGGAGAGCAACAGUAGGCCAAAAUACGA